UCGCGAAUUUACUAGAAAUGGUUACCACGACGCACCAUGCCAAAUUUUACCGUCUUCCCUCAACUUGUACAAAUUUGGAUAGUCUCUACGCGCAGUCGCAGAACGAAAUAGGUCAAUGGAAUGGGGUAAUCCGGAGGAGAGUCUGCGCGGAGGAGAUGAAAGGAUGCGAGCCUUCGCCGGCCGUCUACGCCACUUCUCGUCCGGACCCUAGCCGGUGAACACGUAUUCAUUUAUUUCUCUCUGAGUGUUGUGCAUAAGUGGUGUUCGUGCCAGUGCAUCGGAGUAUUUGUGGCCACCAAAACCCACAGCCACAAGAUGAAUACUAAAGAGAAGUUGAUGAAAUGCAGGGAAUCCCUCAGAAAGUUUUUUAGACAUGACAUCUUUGGCGCCGUAACGGCAACAAAAGUCUGGCGAGAAACUCAGAACUACCACCGAUUGGGCAUCACUACAUCACCGUCACCGCCGAUAACGCCGGUGCUGCACCUGCGCGAUGAGGAGACGACUCUCUUCCUGUACGCGCUCAAGCACACUGUCGCCAUCUACAAUGACAACACGAUCUUCGUCAAGCAGGCUAAAGAGCUGUUCAGAUACUUGUGCGAGGAGCGCGGGGUGUCGCGCAUGUCGGACGCGGAGGCGGGCCGCGAGCUCCGCUCCGCAUAAUGCGAGCUCACGCAGGCCGCCAGGUACCUGCUCUCAGUCAAAGACUUUGCCGGCUUCUUACAUGCCGCUAUCAAAGUCAACAACUGCUAUGAACCUUAUAAAAAAUGCUAUAAAAUAAUGCGUCAAAAAAUAUGGAGUAACCGAGCGUGUCGCCAACGCUACAUUAAUAAGAUGUCGAUGAAUUUGAUGGUCUUUCAAAACCUGACCAGCGUGAUCCCGCUGCGUCUGCAGACUUUCAUCGACACCUUGAGCUUUAACGAGAACAGCAACUCUCCCAUUGACAGCGGCAUCGUGCUGACGCAGCUGCGAAUGAGAGAGAUCCGGGAACGCGCGUGCAUGGCCGCGGGCAUGUACCGCAACGCGCGCGAUCAGCCCCAGGCCUUGGCUGAACUGCCGCGCUACUGCUACUGGGAGAUCAUGUGGGCCAAUGCGUCCGCGCAAGAGUUCCUUGUCAGGAUGUCGGGGCCCAGGUCCCGUGCGCUUGAGCCGUCGACGUACAUCCGCAACGUGCCCUACUACGAGAUCUCCAAGUGCCAAUUGUUGUUACCCAGGAUCGAGCUUCUCAGCUUGUGGCUCGUCGUCUGCUCGCUCUCCAGGGAGAGACAAUCCCUCAAAUUUCUUCUUAAGUUGAUAAAAGAGGUAAUGUCGAACAUUAAGAGGGAAAAGAAGAAAAAGCGUCGCAGCCAUGAGGAGAACAGUCUGGCGGCACUGUGCUUGCUGAAGGGGUGCUGCUUAGCCUCGCUGCACUUGCCGCACCAAGCUAUCGAGUGCUUCAAAAGCGUCGCCAGACUUAAAACAAAACGACGCAUGGACAAGUACUUAAUUUCGUACGCCAUGCUCGAGUCUGCUAUAUGCCAUUACAACAUCGGCAUGGUGGAUAUCGGUCAUCACAUGUUGACUGUUGCUAGGACGCAGUACAGCAACGGCACCCGCGAGUUCCGCGCCCUGGGCCGCGCCUACAGCAAGUCCAUGAUGAUAGACGUCUCCGAUUCAGACUAAUUGUGUUAUGCAGGAUAACAUAAAUCGAUUAAAUAAUUAAAUACUGACUAAGUCCACAAACUAUUUGACUAAUCUAAACUGAUAGUAUCGAUUAUUUACACGUGUCGUAUAUUUCAUAGGUGUAAUUGUGAAAUGAACAAAUUGGUUACUCCAUCGCAUUGUUUUAUAGCAUUCAAAGACUCUCGUGCAAUGGACACAAUUAUAGUUACAUAAAUACGUGUGUUUAAAUGUUGUGCUAAAAAAACUAAAGAAAAAAAAAGUAAAAAAAAUACGAAAAAUACAAAAAAAAAAUUGUGUUGUAGUUGUAGUAUAGAUUCUAAGUAGCUUUGCUAAAAAUAUAUUUGAAUGUAAAUAUUCAGAUAUAUUUGUUGCAAACUUCAAUAUAUAUAAGUCAAUGUUACAAUAUAAUAUCAAAAAAAUACAAAAAAUAAAAAAAACAAAAAAAUAUAUAUAUUUAUUGCUUUUGUGCGCAUUGUUUCUUAAAUAGGAAAUACAAAACUUGAAAGAUAUGAAACAAGAAAUGUUCACUGAAAUGUCAAUGGAAAGAGAUGUGAUAACAACUGUAUGAAAUCGUUGAGUUAUAUACGAGUAUAAGUACCUACAUGUAAUCUGCUUGCCCGCU